AUGGACACGGAUAAGUUUAACUACGUUUACAGCUGCGAUUUGGACAUCAAUGUUCAGCUUAAGAUAGGCAGUUUGGAAGGCAAGCGAGAACAGAAGAGUUACAAAGCCCUCCUUGAAGACCCCAUGUUACGCUUCUCCGGACUCUACCAGGAUCACUGUUCGGACCUCUACGUCACCUGCCAGGUGUUUGCCGAAGGAAAGCCUCUUGCCUUACCGGUGCGCACCUCCUACAAGGCAUUCAGCACACGCUGGAAUUGGAACGAAUGGCUACGACUGCCGGUGAAGUAUCCGGACCUGCCCCAAAGCGCACAGGUGGCCCUCACCGUCUGGGACAUCUACGGGCCCGGUCGAGCUGUCCCAGUCGGGGGUACCACGGUGACACUCUUUGGCAAACAUGGGAUGUUCAGACAAGGGAUGCACGAUCUGAAGGUUUGGCCCGGGGUGGAGGGUGACGGCGCCGAGGCCACCGCCACGCCAGGUCGCACCAGCAACAGCCUUACCGAAGACCAGAUGGGCAGGCUAGCCAAGGGCCCCGACCUGGAAGUACUUGGUGAUCUAACCAAGGCCCAUCGGCAGGGACACAUGGUGAAGGUGGACUGGCUGGACCGCUUGACCUUCAGGGAGAUUGAGAUGAUCAACGAGAGCGAGAAGCGCAGCUCUAACUUCAUGUACCUGAUGGUGGAGUUUCCUCGAGUGAAAACUAAUGACAAAGAAUACAGCAUCGUUUACUACGAAAAGGACGGCGAUGAUGCGGCGCCGGUUCUGUCCAGUUGUGAAAUCGUCAGAGUUCCCGACCCACAGAUGGGAAUGGAGAACUUGGUGGAGAGCAAGCAUCACAAAUUGGCGAGGAGCCUCCGCAGCGGACCAUCCGACCACGACUUGAAGCCCAACGCCGCCACGCGGGACCAGCUCAAUAUCAUCGUGAGCUACCCCCCCACCAAGCAGCUGAGCUCUGAAGAACAGGACCUGGUGUGGAAGUUUAGAUACUACCUCACCACUCAGGAAAAGGCGCUGACAAAGUUCCUCAAGUGCGUCAACUGGGAUCUGCCCCAGGAGGCCAAGCAGGCCCUGGAGCUCCUGGGGAAGUGGAGGCCCAUGGACGUGGAGGACUCCCUGGAGCUGCUGUCAUCGCAGUUCGCCAACCCGACGGUUCGACGCUAUGCUGUGGCGCGAUUGCAGCAGGCGGACGACGAGGACCUGCUCAUGUACCUUCUCCAGCUAGUUCAGGCGCUCAAGUAUGAGAACUUCAGCGAUAUCCAAGGAGGUCUGGAGCCUGGCAGCAAGCGAGACAGCCAGGGACUUUCAGAUGACGCCGCACUGGACAGCUCCCAGAUCCUGACGGCCACAUGCGGAGCCCUCCCGACCACGCAGAAAGGAAAAGAAGGAGCAGACGGCGAAAGUCUCGAGCAAGACCUGUGCACGUUUCUCAUCUCGCGCGCUUGCAAGAACUCGAUGCUGGCCAAUUACUUGUACUGGUACGUGAUCGUGGAGUGCGAGGACCAGGACACUCAGCAGAGGGACCCCAAAACCCAUGAGAUGUACCUGAAUGUCAUGAGGAGGUUCAGCCAAGCUCUGCUCAAGGGGGAUAAGUGUGUGAGGGUGAUGCGCUCGCUUCUCGCCACCCAGCAGACCUUCGUGGAUCGCCUUGUGCAGUUGAUGAAAGCUGUGCAAAGGGAGAGCGGCAAUCGCAAGAAAAAGACGGAGCGGCUCCAGGCGCUUCUGGCCGACAACGAGAAGGUGUACCUGUCGGAGAUAGAGCCCAUCCCGCUCCCGCUGGAGCCUCAGAUCCGAAUUCGAGGCAUCGUCCCUGAGACGGCGACCCUUUUCAAGAGCGCCCUGAUGCCGGCCAAGCUGAUCUUCAAAACUGAGGACGGCGCUACCUACCCGGUCAUCUUCAAGCACGGAGACGACCUGAGACAGGAUCAGCUCAUCCUCCAGAUCAUCUCGCUCAUGGAUAAAUUGUUGAGGAAGGAAAACCUGGACCUGAAGUUGACGCCCUACAAAGUGUUAGCCACCAGCACCAAGCACGGUUUCAUGCAGUUUGUCCAGUCAGUUCCGGUUGCCGAAGUGCUAGCCACAGAAGGCAACAUCCAGAGCUUUUUCAGGAAGCACGCGCCGAGCGAAAAGGGGCCGUACGGCAUCAGUUCCGAAGUGAUGGACACCUACGUGAAAAGCUGCGCCGGUUACUGCGUCAUCACGUACAUCCUGGGAGUAGGAGACCGACAUCUGGACAAUCUGCUCCUGACAAAAACCGGGAAGCUCUUCCACAUCGACUUCGGCUACAUCCUCGGCCGCGACCCCAAGCCUCUUCCGCCGCCCAUGAAGUUGAGCAAGGAGAUGGUGGAGGGCAUGGGCGGCACGCAGAGCGAGCAGUACCAAGAGUUCCGCAAGCAGUGCUACACCGCCUUCUUGCACCUGCGCCGCUACUCCAACCUUAUCCUUAACCUCUUCUCCCUCAUGGUGGACGCCAACAUCCCCGAUAUCGCCCUGGAGCCGGAUAAGACAGUCAAGAAGGUCCAGGACAAAUUCCGGCUGGACCUGUCGGACGAGGAGGCCGUCCACUACAUGCAGAGUCUGAUCGACGAGAGCGUUGGCGCCCUAUUCGCCGCCGUGGUGGAACAGAUACACAAGUUUGCACAAGAUGUGGGAGGAAAUGUCUGCGUGAGUGGAAGUUUUUUAAGAAACUUAACAGCCGAGGACGAGCGCAAACUGACGCAACAGCGACGCUCAGCGGCGGGAGAACGUCGACGUCGCUGCCGUGGAAACGCCACACGAGCAGCCGAGCGGCAGUCGCGCCGUCCGUUCGCGCAUCCAUCCUUCCCUUUGCGCCCCGAAACAUGGCCGCCGCCCAAUGAGAGGAGGAAUCGCGUGAAGGUUCAAGAAGAAAGAAAGCAGUCGCAGCAGCCAGAUCACGUGAGCAAGGCGUCCGUGGACGUGCGUCUAGAUGCCUCGGAGCAAGGCACCAGCAUCUCCUAUCUUCCUCCGCCCUGGUCCCUCGGGUUGCCAUGGUAA